UUUAAUUAAAAUAGUUCUUAAAUCCAGAAAGAUAUUAUGUCAACUGGAAGAGAUAUUACUAAUUCUUUGUCUCAGACACCUCCUGAGUCUACCUUUGAUACCAUCAAGGCCAUUAGCGGCCUUAUCGCUGGAUCUAUCGUCAUUUCUUAUGUGAUAUCGAAAUAUUCUGGAAAUCCAAUAAAGACCACUUAUGAAUGGUUUAUGGGAAAACCUACACCAAAAAGAGUCAGAAGAUCUCGUAGAGCACGACAAAGACAAAGAAAUAGAACUGAUUGAAAGAAAAUUGAAGAAUUUAGUGAAGAAGACGACUCUGUUUAUAAUAGAAACCCAGAUUUGAGUAAAAAUGGUAUGUCAUACAUCGCUGAGGAGAAUACAGAAGAUCAAGAGAGCUCUCUUUGCGAAGAUAUCCUAUUCCCUGCUCCUGAUGAAGAAACUAGUUCAAUAACUUACACACACAAAAGAGGUAGAAAGAUGUAUUUUAACUCGAAUGAUGAGCUUAUUGAUGCCGAAUCUGAAGCUGAGAAUGUAGGAAAUUUGUACGCGCAGCCCCCAAAGACUCACAAUAUAUCCAAGUUGUAUCGUCAAAGAGAGAUUGAGGCUACAAAAUUUGUUAAUUCCAUUGAUCAUGCUAUUCAUACUUUUAAGAAAAAUAAGGUAAAGAAUUAUGAAACUUUCAACGAUGCUUUAAAGGCAAAUAAAAGGGAAGCCGAUAAACUUAAACUGAAAGAACAAGCAAGGAAAGAUUCCAAAGAGCCUUGCUCUUUAAAUGAUAAAUUUAAGGCUGAGAUGCAGCAACUAUCUCCAAAGUCUAGAAAAGAGAAAUUCAGAGCUCUUGACGAAAAGAGCAUUCGUAUGGACAAUUCUGACCAUGACGAUUUCGAGUCUACUUUUGCUUCUGAGAAUGUUUAUAGAAGCAAGAAGAGUGACAAAAGGUUUGUUCCGUCAUCAAAUGAGUUGACCACUAAAAAUUAUUAUAUUUUCUUUGAACUCCUGUCAGCAUACACGGAGAACUUCGUACAAUCCAAGCCAUUAAAAAGAAGUAAGGGCAAGAACAAGGGCUGUUAACUGUUAAUUUUCUGACUUA